AUGUCCGGGGACGUUACCAACGCCUCGCCGCCGGGCCGAACUUCGCAACCGCCCUCGCACACCCGUACCUACCAGGCCUGCAUCCCUUGCCGCCGCCGCAAGGUGCGGUGCGACCUGGGGCCCGUCGACAAUCCCCACGACCCACCCUGUGUGCGUUGCCGCCGCGAGAGCAAGGAAUGCUUCUUCUCCGCCACCCGCCGCAAGAGGAAGACGGACGGCGGCGAGCUGGAAGACGACGACGACUACGAGCUCCGCAACGGCAGGAAGCGCGCCCGCACAGAGGACGAUGUCCAGAUCCCCGCACCUCUCACCGCUCCAACUGGCAGCAGCAGCAGCGCCUCACAGUACGUCUCCCAGCCGCUGACGCCCGGCGGCUCCGUGGGACGGUACGAGCCUCUGCGCCGACCGACCACGUCGCAUGCGCCGCACAAUGACGACGAGGACCAGAAGCUCAACGACAAGUCCAUGGCUGUCAUGCAAACGGGCGAGAUAUACAGCGGCCACGAUGCCCUCAAUCUGCUGUUCGAAGCCGCCGGUCGCAACGGUGAUAUAGAACAUCACCGCACCGGCAGUGCGUCGAGCCUCCAGCGACCCUCGAUGCUAGGUCCUGCCAGCACGCCCGGCUCACAGGCCAACUUCGCCAGCCCGCAAGCGCAGUCUCACGCGCGGAAUCACUCACGGGCCACUGCAGCAGAGCCCGCCGUCGACCCCGCCAUCUCGCAGCAAUACACGUCCCUGCCCGAGCCGCCCAACGAGGCGGCUUUCGCUGAGGCCAUCAAGGCGUGGACAAAAUUUCGCUUUGUGCGUGCCGGCUGGAUGACUGCGAAAGAGGCGGUGAGGUACAUUGACUACUUCUACACAUAUCUCUCACCCUUGACGCCCAUUGUUGUGCCAGACUAUCGCGAUCACGCAUUGCAUGCGAAGCUGCUCAAGGAGGAGCCCAUGCUUGUAAUAACCUUGUUGACCAUUGCGACCCGUUUCCGUACGACAGACUUUCCGCAGGGUCCAGGCGCGAUAUCGCGCGCGUAUCUGAUCCAUGAGAAACUAUGGAAGUACCUGCAGGGCAUGAUCGACCGCAUGAUCUUUGGCCAAGAGCAGUUCGGCGGCGGAUUUUGUGGCGCAGGUCAACAACCAGGCUCGGACGUGAAUCCUUUGUCGCGCAAGGGACUGCGGACGCUAGGCACAGUAGAAAGCCUCAUGCUUCUCACCGAGUGGCACCCACGUGCCCUUCAUUUCCCACCAGGUGACGACGAUGAUGAGUUGGUCCUUCCCGAUGACUCUUUCGAAGCGGAUAUUCCCGCAAACGCAACGGCAGCGGAGCAUCUCAAAGGAGAGAGCGGUCAGCGCAUCGACAGCUGGCUGGAGCCCUGCUGGCGAAGUGACCGGAUGUGCUGGAUGCUGUUAGGCAACGCCGUGUCACUAGCUUUCGAGAUAGGUGUCUUCGACGAGACAAGCGAGAUCGAGUUCGAAGAGGCUAAUCAGCACCUCUCCCACGCGACAGUAAAAGCCUACUUCAGGCGCAAGAACCAUCUCAAGGACCUACUCAUCAUCUACGUGACACAGACUAGCGGUAGACUGGGACUAACAUCGAUGCUCCCUCAGGUCAAGCGCGACAGCGACUCCGUGAUGCAGAAAACACCGCUCGAGCUGUAUCAAGAGCGUGUGGCUCGAAUAAAGGCGCCUCCGCCGCAUCACGGCAUGAGGCCAGAUGGUCAGCGACUCCCCCUCGAAUCGGUUGCUACCCAGGAGCGCCAUGCCGUACAGGAUCUCGUCCUUGACUUCUGGGACCGUAUUGCCAAGAUCAUGGAGAUAGGCAACCUCAAACUCUUUCCGAACCGACGCAGGACACGGGAUCUGCUGAAAUCCGGCAAAUACGAGGAACUGCUUCAGAAUUUCCAAACCCCGCUCAUAGACUGGAAGCGCGGGUUCGAGGCUGCACCACAAGUGCCACCGCAACUUCGCCAUGUCCUGGCGAUCGAGUACGAAUAUACACGUGUUUAUGUGAAUUCAUUAGCCCUCCAGGCCGUCGUAGAGCGCUGCACACACAAUACGCCGCAGCAGACGCAUGCCCAACCCAACGGAAUGGGUUCAUCUACGAACGAUGAAGGCAGCGCCAUCCCCUUCAGCACCUUGACUCGGUGGUACGGAAACGAUAGGCACCACAUUGAUGAAGUCGUCAGUGCAAGUCGCAAUGUUUUGAGUAUAGUAGUCAACGGAUUGUACCCAGAGGGCUAUCUCCGCCAUGCGCCCGUCCGCACCUUCUUCCGCAUUGUCUCAGUAGCAAUAAUAUUGCUCAAAACCUUCGCCCUCGGUGCAACGGAGAAGGACGUAGCCAAGACCCUCGGUCUCCUCGACCAGGCCGUCUACGCCCUACGCACCUCAAUUGUAGACGACGUGCACGUCGGGAACCGCUUCGCCGACCUUGUCGACACGCUCACCCAUAGGAUUCGUGGGCGCUUCGUCCGCCUCGCGGCGAACGGUUCGACAGGCAACUCCCGCGGUGUCACACCACCACCCCGCAGCCGCGGUGAGACGCCCAUGGGCCCACCACCUGCAACAUACCUCCCGCAGAACCUUAACGGUGCAGCCAACGCCAACCCAAACUUCACCUUCGGCAACUUCACCGGCUUCUCGCGGCCCGGAUCUCCAGGCAAUCGAGGCAUCACUGCCUCCGGUCGCGCCACGCCGAUCCCGGAGUACAACUCGCUUGCCGGCAUCUCACUGGAGUCGUACGACCCGACGUCCAACCAGAUCUCUAUUAUGCCGCCGCCCGGAUUCCCCGCGAACGGCUUCAUCGGCAAAGUCGACGGCAAUAGUAAUGGGAAUCCUGGCUGGCAGGCGCAGAACUGGAGCGGUGCUAAUGGCAACGCGAACGGGGGUUUCCAAAAUGAGGAUUGGCUCGCGUUGCCGCUGGAUCCACUCCUGGAUCAGUGGGGCGCGGAUAUCAGCCAGACAGCUAUGGGGCCGGACGUUGGCGGCAUGGAUAUGCUGGACAUUUUGCUGAAUAUGGGGGGGCCGCCUGGUAGUGCGUAG